UACGACGAAACACAAUACAAGCGUUUUUUUACGUCGGUUCUCUAUAUGACUGUGGUAUCACAUUUUCAAAUAGUACAACGGGUGCUAACUACUCAAUUACUUGCCUUUCGGUACUAAUGAAGGAAGAAAAAAGAAGGUAUACCGAGGGAUCAACCACUUUUAAAAUGUAUAAACAGAAAUUGUGAUGAGGAAAAGUGGAGAUGACUCAAUGGUAACGAAAACAAGUGGUAACAGGUACGAACCAUGUUAUAUAGGUACCUUAAAUGCAGGGACAGGUAAUAGUCACAAAUAAACUUGCGCACGCAAACAUCGUUCGUACCGAUGGGAACUCCAAAGAUGCAGACGAUAAUAGUGUUUAUUGUGUUCACAAUAAUAACUCAAACUGUAUCACAAUGUGACGAAGAAUAUAGUGUAGAAUUAAAAAACCGGAUGUAUAAAGGUGUUAAAUAUGAACCAGAUGAAAUAAUAGUGGAUAAUGUGACUAAAGUAGAAAGGGGAUGUGUGUGUUUGAAGGAAGUUUGUGCCAAAAAGUGCUGUCCCUUAGGCCAAGCGUAUAACAGGGAGCUGAAGAUAUGUGUCGACAUCUCUAAACCAUUCAAUCCUCCGGUCUAUAGAGAGUAUCAGUUGUUACCAGGAUACAAUGCGACGAAGGAGUUACACUUUUUCUACGGAAAAAUGAACUGUUCGGAUGAGCUAGAAGAAAUUAGAGUCCCAGUAGCUCCUGCUUCGUACAAUUUUCAUUUAAGAACGGAUGGGAAGCUGUACGUGAAAAUCGAUACUUCUGUGAAGGUCCUAAUCUAUGAUGCGAGCAAAUACUGCAUCGACACGUUUGUCUCUGACACUGAGGAACCACACCUCAAUGCCCUCAUCUGCUUUGUCCCGAAGCCGGAACAUAACAACUAUACUAUGAGCAGCAGUUGUAUGCUGAUAUCCUGUUUCUUUAUUCUCCUUACGGUGGCAGUGUACGCAUGGUUGCCUGAACUGAGAAACCUUCAUGGAAUGGUGCUGAUGGCAUACCUACUCAGUUUCUUCGUCGGCUUCCUGUUCCUAGCCACUAUGCAGAUCCUUAUCUUAUUGAAGGAGAUAUCCGAAGAUAUCUGUAUCGUUCUAACGUUCAUCAUCUACUUCUCUCUUCUGGCAGCGUUCUUCUGGCUGAACGUGAUGUGCUACGACAUCUGGUGGACGUUCAGUGGCAAACGAGCUCAUGGCCGCAGUGGUUCACAAAACAAGAGGUUUUUGUGUUACGCCAUCUACGCCUUUGGAGUGCCAACGAUCCUGACCAUCGUUAUGGCAGCUCUUGAAUUCUCCAACAUUCCUUUGCAUCCUCUUCUGCCUAAACUUAGGUUACAAGGCUGCUUCUUAUACGGAAACAGCAAAUUGUUGUACUUGUAUGGACCGAUUGUGAUACUCUGUGUGGCGAAUCUGAUCUUCUUCGCGCUGACUGCCUUCAAGAUAGCAAAAAUUAAAAAAGAAACCAAAAUGCUGCGAGACAAGGAGAGCUCCACACAUGACCAGGACAGAAAAGAUACUCAAAGUUUGAAAUUAAAAUGUUCCAGGUUCACUCUCUACGUCAAGUUGUUCACUGUCAUGGGCAUCAACUGGAUCUUGGAGGUGGUCAGCUCCUUCUACCCAGAAGCCGACGUGUUCUGGCAGUUCUCUGAUGCUUACAACGUGCUCGUCGGUCUAAUCAUCUUCAUUAUCUUCGUCUGCAAGAAGAAGACUUGGAGAAUGAUCAAGAAGAGGAUCAAAGACUAUCAACGUUCCAAAUCUAAUAAUACCCAGCAAGAGAUAAAUGGCAAUAACAGACGACUAGCCCAAUGGAGAACUCAACCAGAUAGAACAUCUAGUUUGGAAACCAUUAGAACAACGGAUGGAGAAAGAAGUUCGAGAAGCAAUAAAUCUGUUAACAUAAAUCCUCACUAGUUAACCGACAACGUCGUAGAAACUCCUGCACUGACAGAACCAGAUGAUUUCAAAGAAGAUAAUAUUAAUAAAAUCAGUUAUGAUAAAACUAAUUUGACAAUACAUUAAUUAAAAGAAGAAGCAAAAAAGGCUAGAGUUGAAGGCUACACAGAAACAAGACUGGUAACAAUAUUAAUAAAGACGUUAAACAAAUGAAUAUAAAGGCAGAAAUGGAAUGUUUGGAAUAUAGUACGAGUGAAAAGGUACAGAAAAGUAUUCUACACAAACAAUAGAUUAGGAUCUAGUGAAUGGUAGUCCUAUACUAACUUUUGCAAUGUGUUGGCAACUAAUUGUGAGGGCUUGUGUUGGUAGUGUGUGGGUUGGAAUUAGACUAAGAUUUUUAUAAUAUAUAAGCUGUGUGUGUUAAUUUACUUACUGAAAUAUAACUUUUAUGAGAAACCAAACAUAAUGUUUAUAUUUUAUGCACCGAAGGAUAUCCUAUCUGCACAAUUUGUUAACAAAUUUGGUUUGGUUUGCACGGUUGAAAUGAGACUUUAAUUGUUACGGGUUUAGGUAGAUUUUACAUUAGAGGUGAUCGAGAAAACAAGGCGGGUGGAGGAAGAUGACUAGAAACUAGCGAACUAUACAAAGUACGUAGUUUGUUGCUGACAAUAAAAUUAAAAGCAUCGACAUGUUUCGCUUUGUUUUGAGGAUUUUCUGUGACACAAGCUUUAUAUUGCUUCUUUUCAAUGUAUAAUUUUAAAAUAUUAUAUUUAAUUUAAU